CGGUCAGGGUUCAGUCCCAACUUAAUCGAUCCGAAUUUCGGUUUUUAAAAUUUUAAUUUUUGGUCUUCGAUCCGACUCGGGUUAGUCUGAUCUAAUCCGAUCUUGAACCGAUAAACACCACUACCACCGGUUAAGUUAAGAAUAUUAAUGAUCAAAAUUGACAAAUCUAAACCUAAUUUGUUCGCAAGCGGUAAUAUGUAGUGUUAAAUUUUUUCCAAUACAAUAAAAUACAAUUAAAAAAAAUAAAAAUAAAUACGUAAAUGAACUUUUCCUUUUUCCUUAAAAAAAAAAAAAAAAAAAAUGAAAAAUUUCCUUCAAUUUUUUUUUUUUAAUAAAAAAAACCUAAGAUGAGAAUUAAUUCUAACGUCGAGUCGAAGUGUCGAACUGUAGAAGUAGUAAGCGACUAAGCGUGUGGUUUUUCACUCAGGCGCUGCACACCCCUUCCUCCUCUGUUGAAGCAUACUCUGAGUUCUCCGUUGAAGCGGCUUCUUAGCUUUCUCUCCUCCAUUGAAGCAGCUUUUGAGAUAUAAGGGGAUGCCUCGAAAACCACGAAGAAGUGGCCAGCUGGUGCCUCGACCUUUUGCGUUUUCAUCAUUUGCUCGUUCAGUAACUAGAGUUGCCACAGCUUGCUCAUCAAAAAAUAAAGUUUCUAAUUCAAAAUCUGACAGAACUUCUUCAAAGUUAAUAGCAAAUAGAUCUAGUAGGAAGCACAAUUUGAAGGAGAACAGUUCAGAAUCUGAAUCUUCUGAAGAAGAAGAAGCUCCUGAAGAAGUAAUUCAGGCAGAUUUUGCCUUUUUUGACCCCAAGCCUGAUGACUUUCAUGGAGUAAAGAUGUUGCUACAGAGCUAUCUUGAUGAUAAGGUGUGGGACUUGAGUGGGUUUGUAGACUUAAUAUUAGCGCAAACAACAGUGGGCUCUGUGGUCAAGAUAGAAGAUGAUGAAGAUGAGGGAUUGUUUGCACUUCUUACAGCUUUGAACUUAGGAAGAUAUAAGGAUAAUAAGUGUAUCACUGAUGUAAGAGACUACUUGCUAAAAGUAUGUGAGGAAAAGAAUGUAGUUGGUGAUCUAAAAAGACUUCUAGGAGACCAAGCUGACCAUGUUGGUCUAGUGGUUUCUCAGCGUGUUACAAAUCUUCCUCCCCAGCUUCUGCCACAUCUUUACAAUGCCCUUUUUGAUGAAAUUUCGUGGGCUACUGAAGAUGAGCCAACAAAAGAUCUCCGUGAAUCAUUUCGCUUCAAACAUUAUUUACUGGUAACCAGAAUAUAUAAGCAGAAGAUAGGACAAAAGAGGAAGGCAUCUUCUAGUAGCGAUGAUGAGGAUAUUAUAUAUGUAAAACCAGAAGAUGAACUUUUGUUCGAGCUUUGUUCAUGGUCAUUUACUUUCCCCUUGCACAUUCAGCCUCCAGCAAGUCAAGAGUUAAAAAAUUAUCGACUAAUGGGACUAGUGAUGGCUGUUGAGGCAGACAAAGCACCAGCAUUCCGAGAAAAGUUGCGGUCACUAAUUGAUGAUUCUUGAUUUCUUUUCUUGUAUUAUCCUUCAGUUGAAAAAUUUUGGUUUUCCGGACAACGUUUCACCAAAAUACACAUCUUGCGAUUGUAGGCUUUGUAGUUUGCAGUAAAGAGCUUGUAUGGUUUAUUGGUAAGAUUUGUAUGAAUAGAUGGACAAUUUUUCUAUAUGGAAAUGAGAACACAAACAAACAAACAAACAAACAAA